AUGACUACUACUCAUCUCAGCCCUCCACAGCGGCCACUGUCCAAGAAAUUGAAUUCAACAAGCACCAAUCAUUCACAACAGCCAGGCACCACCACAGUUGAAAAGACGCCACCACGUGGUAGUGAAUCAAACGAAAAGACUGCGACUAUUGAUACUCAUUAUGAGGAACCCGAAAUGGAUCUACUCGAGAAAGAUUUUAAGAUUACCAUCAAUGAUGAUAUGAUGACAGAUGACGAUUCUGACAUGGACGAGGAGCAGGAUACGUUUAUGGGUUUAGCACACGAGUCGGCAUCUCCAGCAAGCAUUCAUCCGUACCAUACAAACAGUAAACACGAUGAUAGCGUGUGCUACCAUCCCACUGCACCCAUCAUUCAUGAAGAUAAACAAAUGAUGGAACAACAGCAAGGCUAUCUAAAUAGUGCUCAUACCAAUGUGGAGAAUACAUUGGAAGACAAUCUUUAUGAAAGAAAGGCAUCGUUCAGCAGAAGGCCAUCGCAAUUGCUGCAAGAGAGAAACUCGCUGAAUGCUCUGUGUCCCCCUUCACACGUUUUGAAGGCACGCAGACUUUCAAAAACCAUCAUAAAACCAUCAGCCUCGACUCCCGUAACAGUGAAGGACAAGAACCACAAACCAUCCAUCGUGGACAACUACACAAAGGAAUUUGGCAGCAAUAGUGCUGUCAGCCCGAGAUUCAUGGCCCUGAGGAAAUUGAGCGAAGUGACCAAUUUACCAUCGCAUUCCAUAUCCUACUCAGUUGUGCCACCUGUUCCACAAAUCCCUUCAACAUACCAAUCAACCACCGCUGCUACUGCCGCUCAAGAUGAAAAACCCAGUAAACCAAAAGCAAGUGCUGACAGCGAUCAACUACUCGACAGAAUUGAUAGCGUCAUUGAAGCUCAAUUGCAGUUUCAUCUCGGCCAGAUUGUGUGGAGAGCAUCAGAGAGCCAUUUGGAUGCGCGCAGGUUUUGGGAAGAGCAGAAAAAGGAGAUGUUUGGAUUCGCAGCGACUUUGAUCGAUCGUAUGGAAACUCAAGUGGACAUGCAAAGAAGAAUGACGUUUGAGUCCAUUGCCAGUGCAAGCCCAGUUGAGAAGGAGGAUGUUAAUAUAGCAUUACAGCAAAAAGAACUUGGCCUAUACAAAUCAAAGUACACAGAGGCAAAGAGGCAGUUGUUUGAACUAGAGGUGUUGAAGACUCGAAACGUGGAACUAGAAAAGCAGCAUGAAAUGGAUCUCAAGACGAUCAAACAGCUAAAAGAGGAGGCAAUACAGCAAAAGCCCAACGCCAAGCAGAACAAUGCGAAAGAAAUGAUUGAUGACAAGCCAACAUACGACCUCAAAGCGAAAAACGCGCAAUUGAAGAAGCAAUUGAAACAUUUGCAAGAGAUCAAUCAACAGCUACUAGAGCAAGCCACUGUGUACGAGCAAGAUAAAAAGAGACACAUCCUGGAAAUAGAGCAAUUGAAAGAGCAGCAGCAGCAGCAGAAUCAGCGCAAAGUCCAGCCAUCCGCCAGCACCACAACGACAGUCGACGGUAUUGACUGCAGCGAAGACUUUGGCAAGACAAAGAAGAAGCCUGGCAAACAGAUGGAUAAUUGGGCAGACAUGAUGGAAUCCGAAGACGAGGCUAAAAAGAGUGCUGAUGAAUGGGCAAAAAAAUACAGAGAAUUGCAAACAAGCUAUUUUGAAGCCUGUAUGAAGCUUGAAAAGAAGCAGGCGCACUCGGAUGACGAAAAGAAGAUCUUUGAUUUGAAUCAAUCGCUGAUGGAGAGGGACGAGACGAUUCGCCACCUUAAACAAGCUGAAGAAGUCAACCAGAUUCAGCUGAAUUACUUGCAGAUGGAACUGAACAAAUGCCAUGAAAAGAAGAAAAAGAAAGCGCCAGUGGGUAAUGGAGGAUACACAACGGAAGAUGGCUAUUUGACAUUUACGACUGAAAUCAAUGGGCAGCCUUCCAAAUACACGAUAAAGAUCCCAAACGUCAAUCACAGCAGCGCACCAAACCCACAUCAGCAACGUCGGAACACUGCCGCUUUCAAGCCGACGCCAACAUCCACGCAUAAAACACGUUUGAACCCGUAUGCUUGUGAAUGGAAAAAGAGCAAGACCAAAAACUAG